AUGUCUUCGUCAAUCAAGAGGAUGUUUUUCUUGAAGGACACGUCUCCCAAGUCAGGGGAACCUGUUGUCAAGUCAUACACGAUAGAUGACUACAAGAAGGAGAAUGAGGAUCUGAAGGGUGAAAUCAAAGCCCUCUAUGAGCAGCUGAACCGACGUUACCAAGACACGAGGAACGCCGAGCAUGAUGUUUUGGAGCAGCGAGUUGUUCUCGGCACAACCCUUUCAAAACUCCGGUAUCUGGACAAGAAGCUCGAAAACAUCUAUGACCGAAAGGGAAUGGAGAAAGCCAUCGUAAAGGCAGCCAAUGACCCGAAAUUACUUUAUCAUAAAGCUGAAGCUUUCAGGAAGAUCAAGAAUGCCGAGCAUGAGAUUGUCGGAUCCCGUGAGAUUGUCAAAAGCUGCAUCGACAGGCUUAAGGGCCACCUUGAGAAACUCGACAAGUAUUGA